GUAGCUACAAGGGCAGUGCCUCAAGAAGGAAUAAUUAGUGAAGCUAGUCAUCAGCAAAUGAAUAGGCUUGCAUAAAUACUAAACCCACAUUCUUUGCUUUUGCUCUUGGAGUCUGGCAACCUUGAGUCUCGGUGUGCCUGACUGAACCAGAGGAGGGGGAGGCCCAGCUGUGGUUGCUGGCUGACUUUGGUUUUGGGAGGUCCUGUUCCCCCACAUCACUUUUUCUUGACUUCCAGAGAAACACCACCAACUUAUGGCAGCAGUGUUGGCCACACGACCAAUGGGCACUGUUUAAUCAUCCCAAGUGUCACUGACAGAAGCACCCAUUGUAAAAUUUUAUCUUGUCUUUGCAUGAGACAGGGGCUCCAUGGCUUAGGAGACAGGAGCAGGGAUGGCUGACUCCACAGGUGAUCCAGAGACAGUCAAAGACAUGGAAGAUCUGACAAAAGGGUUGGAGGAGUUCUGUGAGAGCUCUAAGGAGUGGAGAGAGGAGGCACCGCUGCUUUCAUACUUAGAACAGCAUAAUCACCUUGUCUCUAUACUGAAGAAGAAAGUGGAUGACACACGUGAAUGCUGCAGAGACCUGGAGCAGCUCAACAUGGAGCUGAAGAAACUGAGGGCAGAGGAUGCUGUGAAAAUUAAAACCCAGACCCAGGGUAUUCAGUAUUUGGAGGGGCGCUUCAUGGGUCUGGUCAAAAACCACUGAAAGAUGAUCCAGUUCAAAAACAAACACAAAAAACGGCACGUGCAGCUGUGGGAGGAGAACAAGCACCUGUGGCAGGACAGGGAAGCACUCUUCAGGCAGGCUGUGAGGGAGAAGGAAGCUGAAGUACUCCGGCUGGCAGCCCAGGCCAGGAAGCUCUCACAGCAGUUAUGCUCCUUGCAGGAGAAAUAUGCUUAUGAGAGUCACAGAGCCUGGGAGUGAGAGAAGGAGUUUCUGGAAGCUCAGAGCCAGCAAGCAGAUGCCUAUGCCUGGGAGGAGGAUUCACUGAAGAAGCAGCUGCAGCUCCUACAGGAGAGGCACCAACAAGCUGCUGCAAGGGCUGAGCAGGCAGAUCAGCAGAGGGCUCAGGGCAGCAAGCUGGAAAGGGCACAUGAAGAGAAAGAGCAGCUACGGAACCUGGCCAUGGAAAGGAGCAAAGCUCUUCAAGAUAAGGAGAUUCAGAAGCUGGAGAAGCUAGAGACCGUGGAAGAAGUCUUGCAGAGGGCAGGAAGGUGCCUUGAGAAAGAGGCAGCAGCAGCAGACAAAGAUCUGAAGGUUCAAGAGCUCCUAGGACAGCUAGAGCACAGCAAGCAGGCGUACAAUGAACUCUUGCUGCGGUUCAAUGCUUACAGAAAGCACAGUAUGGAUUUGCUGACUAAAGAGAGAGCUGUGAAUGUCAAACUCUGUCACUUUGUUGCAUAACUGCAGUUUUUUCUCUGUUCUCCUCUCAACAGGUGCCUCUAUGGUAACACACCCCCCUGAAUUUUGUUCCUCUCCAUGGGACCAUCCUCUGAUUUCUUUAUAGUGUCCUCACCAGCUUAAACCCUCCUCCACUGACAGUUCUGUAACCUUUUUGUCAUUACACUUUUAUGAAUGUAAGUUGCCACACUCUUAAAUCUGAACAUGGAUCAUUGAACCAGUCAAACACGUGACAUGAAUGAUUAGGGUGGAAAACAUAAAUUUUAAUUUGAUUUAUUUCAUGCUAAUCUCUGUUGAAUCAUAGGUUUUUUAUUGUUAAAUCACUUUAUUUUUCAUGAUGACUGAAAGCUUGAUCUCUUAGCCUUUUGUAUUUGAUUCUGCUUUGAAGUUCAACACAGGCUGAGCACAUAGUGGCUCUGAGGCCUCAAGAAAGAAAUGAUACCUUGCAAUAUCUCUGAAAUUCUCUAAAUUCAGGGAUAUAACAGGUAAUCUAAUAAUAUCAUAAAACAAGUGAUUCUCAAGCAAAUUACUGUUUAUAGUUUUCUAGUAGUCUGACAGAUUUCUGCAGUCAUUUAAACCCUAUUUAAUGCCAGAGUAGUAUUUAUAUCCCCAUUCAGCUCAGAAUAAAUUGUCAAGUCUUUUGGAUGAUUUCAAUCUGUUCUUUGGAAUACGAUGAUGUUCUAGAUGUUCACUAGGGAUUUUUUUCCUGUUUUAAGCUGUUUUCUGCAGAUAAAUAUUAGUGAUACACUCUUCCAUUUUGUGCAUGUCUGGCAGUUUUUGACAAAAAGAAAAAUCUUUCCUGUCAGCACUGUUGGGAUACAGAGACCUCCCACUCUCUCUUGCUUGUCUCCUAGGCAAGAAGGAAGUUUUUUGCUGCUGAGAUUAAGCUCCUGCUCUUUAUAUCUCCAACAAAAAAAAAACAAACAACACCAAAACAACCCAAAAAGCCAAAACAACCACCAUGACAGGUCAAACAGCAUUCCCCACCUGGGCUGUAGGCAGCUGCCUUCAGAGUACCUCAAGUUCUUUGCCGCAUGCUUAUACCUUGGGAUAACUCAAGAAUUUAGAUAAUGGAUUGAGUAUUUCUUGGUCCUGAGUAUCUGCAAGCCACAUGACAGUAUCAGACUUGGUAUCUAUUGCAGUCAUUUACAGAAAUGACCAGAAGCAGCAGGUCAGGAGGCCAGUGACCAGUUCAUCUCAAAGACUGGCUGAAGGCAG